AUGGAGGUUGCUGUCUAUCCUGGAGCAGAGAAUCAGCAAGAAGUUCUCACGAGAUUUCGUGCAACUACUUGUUUCGACGCAUUUGCCCGGUAUGAAGUGCUACUGCCGUGGAAAGAGAGUCACCCACCACUGCAGAACAACCGAGCCACAGCAGAGAGAAGACUGGAGAACACGAGAAAGAAGCUUAUAAACGAUAAGCUACUUGAGGAUUACGAGAAGGUGUUCGACGAGUGUAUUUCUGAAGGUAUCAUUGAAACUGUGCCCAAGGAUGAGUUGGAUAACGUAGCCUAUUAUAUGCCUCAUCGUCACGUUGUAAAAGAGGGUAGUACUACACGUAUCAGACCAGUGUUUGAUGCUUCAGCUCGAGACAAACAGCAUCCGUCGUUGAAUCAGUGCCUGGAAACGGGACCCAAUCUUAUUGAACUCAUUCCAUCGUUGAUUCUUCGCUUCAGAGAGAAACGCGUUGGAGUCAUCGCAGACAUCAGAAAGGCUUUUCUACAAAUCAGCGUGGCGUCGAAAGAACGAAACGUGGUACGAUUCCUUCCAUUCCUGCUGGGAGCAACAAUAGAGCGACACUUAGAGCCAGAAAUCAAACGCACACAAUCUGAAGAGAAAGAAGCUAUCCUGAGAAAACUGAAAACCUCAUUCUAUGUGGAUAAUUGUGUAACGAGCGUCGACUCUGUGGGUGAGCUAGAGUGCUUCAGAGAAACUGCAACCACAGCAAUGGCGAGAGGUGGCUUCGAUCUCAGAGGAUGGGAACAUUCAAACGACUCGGACGAUGCACUAACGACAGCAGUACUCGGACUCACGUGGAAUAAGACGCUAGAUACUCUCCAAUUGUCAGACACGAUUCUAGUACCUGAACUUCCCAGCAAAAUCACGAAGAGGACGAUUCUAUCCGUGACUCAGAGAGUCUUCGAUCCACUGGGCAUGGACACUGCUGUUGGGGACGAGGUCAAGAACGAGUUUUUGCAAUGGCACCACGAUUUACCAUUGCUCAGAGAAGUCAACAUUCGUCGAUGGGCCUUGGGAGAGGAAAGAGACUCACUCUCACUCCACCUUUUCGUCAACGCGAGUAAAGACGCUUAUGCUGCUGUCAUUUACGCUAGAACUGCGUCAGCAAAUGGGGUUCAAGCGGCCUUUGUCGAGGCAAAAUCACGAGUAGCACCGAAAGAAAGAGCAAUGAUACCCAGGUUGGAGCUGCUGGCUGCAACCGUGGGAGCGAGACUGCUGAAAUCUGUUGUAUCAUCACUCAGUCGACCAGGAAUCGAGACAUAUUGUUGGUCUGAUUCGACCAUCGCCCUGGCCUGGAUCCAACGAGAGAAGCAGUGGGCUACCUUUGUUUUCAAUCGAGUAAGAGAAAUUCGACAAUUGACUGAAUCCCGCUCGUGGAGACAUAUUCCAGGCGAGCAGAAUCCAGCCGACCUUCCAUCGCGAGGCUGUACUGCUCGUCAAUUGAUCGACUCACGAUGGAUAGAAGGCCCUGAAUGGCUCAAACUUCCAGCAACACGAUGGCCUGACGCGAAUUGGGACGCUGAUGAAGAGCAAGUGGAUCAAGAACUUCCAAAAACGGUGAAGAAGAAAGAGAAAAUCGUCACGCCUGUUGUUGAGCCGAGUCACACUCUUAGCAGCAUCGAGAGAGACCACGAAGUAGUUUCGCCUGCGUGGUAUUUGAAACGAUUCUCCAAAUACGACCAUAUUGUCCGGUUGGUAGCCUGGAUCCAAAGAUUCCUGAAUAACUGCCGUCGAAAGAAGGGUAAUCUAGACGAGGGAGAAUUAACUGGAAGACAUAUCGACGUGGCCGAGUCAACCUUGUUGCGAAUUUCACAGCAGGAAAGUUUCGCUGACAAGAGAGAUCGCCGACUCAGCUCGAUGACGAUUUACGAGGAUAAAAGUGGCUUGUUGAGUUUGAAAACUCUCGUAGAAAAUCGAUAA